AUGAAGGCCCUCUUUCUGCUCGCUGUGCUCUGCGGUUUGGUCCAGACGAAUUCAGGGGACGUUCCACCUGGAAUUAGAAACAUUGUCUGCCUUUCGCAACAUGGAACCUGCAGACUUUUUUUCUGCCAUUCUGGUGAGAAAAAGGCUGACAUCUGCUCUGAUCCCUGGAAUAGGUGCUGCCUACCCAACACAGAGGGGACGAGAAAAGAGAAACCAGAGACGGAUGACGGACCUAGUACCUGAAAUGCAAGCUUCAGAGGCAGGCAGGAUCUUGAAGUGUCCUAAGGGGUUAGAAGAAUGCGUAGCUUAUAGUAGUAGGUGCGUACAUAGUAGGUGCUCAACAAAUGUUUGUUGAAUGAAUCCAGCACCAAGGAUGAAAUUCUGAGAAAAGAUUUUCUUUGACUAUACAGUUCAACUUACUUUAAUAAAAUCAGAAUGUG